AUGGUUUACCUUACAAAAAAUGAGAAAUCUGUUAUUGGGUCAGCAUUUGCAGCCUAUGUUCAAAGAAAAAACUAUUUAAAAAUUAUUAAACUGGAAAUUAAAAGAAGAGAAAUUUCAAAAGAAAUUUGGUCAACAGAAAAAUAUUAUAAUGAACAAUUAAAUACAAUUAUUGAAUUAUUUUUAAAACCAAUGAUGUUAAUUUGUAAACAAGAAUCAGUAGAAGGAUUUCAAUGGACUAUUAAAGAGAGUGAUAUUCAUUCAAUAUUUUCACAUAUAGAGAAUAUCUAUGGAUUAAGUAAUAUAUUAUUUGAAAAGAUUGAUCCAAGAUUAAAACAAUGGUCACCCGAACAAGGUAUGGGAGAUAUAUUUGUUAGUUUAAGUCCAUUUUUUAAAUGUUAUAAACAAUAUUCAGAAAAUUAUAGUAACUCAAUUGAAACAUUAAAGAAUCUUAGAACCAAUACACCACAAUUUAAUCUAUGGUUAAAAGCACGUGAAAAAGAUAUACGUUGUAAAUCAUUGGAUCUACCCUCACUAUUGAUAGCACCAAUUCAAAGGGUACCACGAUAUAUACUAUUAUUGGAAGCAUUAUAUACAGCCACCAAACCCACACAUAAAGAUUAUCAUCAAUGCUCAUUGGCAGCAACUCAAUUGAAAAAUAUAGCACAGGUUGUAAAUGACGGUAUAAGUGAGGACCAAAAUCGAAAGAAACUAAUAGCAUUACAGAAUAUAUUCGAUACACAUGCAAAAUAUUUAGGACCAUUAACUUACCCAAAUCUAGUGGAAGCGCACAGAAAACUCAUUAAAGAGGGCAAACUACAAAAGAAAUCAUUACGUGAUAAUUCCAUUCAAAAUAGAAUGGUUUACCUUUGUAAUGAUAUCCUAAUUACAAUUAGUUCAAUCACACCACUAUCUGGUACUACUAUUAGUAAAGUUGAUAAAAUCAUUCCAUUAGUAACUGCAAUGACAAUUUUCAACUCUGAAGAUACAACUUCUUUUUUUUUAGUUUCACCCAUUAAAACUCAUUAUUUCGUUUGUGAAAGCCAACAAGUACGUUCACAAUGGUUAUCUGAAAUUCAAAAUGCAAUCGUUCAACUAAUUGAAAAUAGUCUUACCCUAAAAGCUCAAAGAGCUCAAUGGGAACUUGUAUAUAAUGAUGGUAAUUGGAAAGCAAUUUCAACUUUACCAAAUCCAGAUUCUUCAAUUAAUGUUUUAAAUAGUUUUGAAAAUAAUUUUAAACCUUCUUUAAAUUCUUCAUUUGAUAAACAAAAUAAUAAUAAUUAUAAUAAUAAUAAUAUAGAUAAUAAUAAUAAUAAUAAUAGGCACCAAUCAAAUUUAAACUCAUCAAUUGAUUAUAAUUUAAGUAAAAGUCCUGAUAAAUCCAAAUUUGGCUCACCAAAUAGUAAUAAUCAAGAUGAAUGGAGACAUGGUGUUCCAAAACUAUCAAAUUCAAAAUCCUCAAGUUCAUUUUUAAGAUUUUUUUUUUCAACAUUUCCAAAUUUUUUUUUUUUUAGUAUUAGCAGUAAUGGAAGUAGUAAUAAUAGUGGUAGUAAUAGAAAUUUAAAUAAAUUUGGAUCAAAUAAUAAUACCCAUAAUAAUAAUAUUAAUAAUAGUAAUGAAAAUUCAGAGAGUGAAGGUGAAGAAUAUACACUUUAG